CGUCUACGCCGACCCAGAAGCCGAAGAUCAAGUUCAACCUCAAACGACCUCCAUCUGCAUCUGCAUCUGCAUCUGCACCUUUAUCUGUCCAACAGUCGGUCGAGAGCGGUCUCGUUCAUCAGGAUCAAGACCCUAACGAGGCAGACGAAGCAUCAGACAAGGAAAAAGAAGAUGAGGAAGAAGAAGAAGACACAGAGACACAUCCGACGGCGAUAUCGACGCCUUUGAGGUUGAAGUUGAACGCUGGGAAACGCAAAGAGAAGGAGAAAGAGACGGGAAAGGAAAAGGUCGUGGGCACACCGACGACGACGCCGACGAGACCGAGGAUCAAGGUCAAACUCUCUUCAUCCUCUCUGAUCACAAACGCCACCUCCGAUCCCAAAGAGGCAGAGGGAUCUGCAAAUGAAGACACGCGGGUUUCAGUACCGGACAUCGAGUCGCACUCGAUGUCACAGUCGCAGUCGCAUUCGAAGUCGGAAAUACCGCAAACUCCGACGGGCAAGCCUGAAUCUAAACUCAAGACCAAGACCAAACCCAAACCCACACCCAAACUUGCGCAGAAGAACCCUACACUGACACUGGACGAUCCUACCUCUACCUCUUCAUCUCAAUCUCCAUCUCCAUCUUCGCCCAAACUAAGCUUCCCCGACGCCCUCACCCCCACCUCCCCUAACAACUCGCCUUCAUCAGGAAAGAGCGUCCGAGUGAAGAACGGCGCCAGAGCCGGGGGUAGACCUCCUAAGAAGAAGGUUGGGGUUGGGAAGAGUAAGUUGAGGCAAGAGGUCGGUCUGGACCUGGAAGUAGGUGUAGGUGGAGAUGUAGGUGUGGAUGCCGACGAGAGUGAAAGCAAAGACAAGGAGGCCAGGGUGGGUUCGGAGAUGAAGGUGGAAGCGGAAGAGAGAGAGACGGUGGACGGAGCGGUCAAGCAGGAAACGAGCGGGGGAAGUGAAGGGAUGGGUGGGCAUGAGGAUCGUGUUCACGGCGUCAAGCGGGAGUCGGAGGAUGGCGUGGGACAGGCUGGACAGGCGGACAAGGUGGACGAUGCACGGGGCAUAGAUCCAGAUCACGACAAGGAUGAUGAACAGCACAACAAUUACGACAACGACCACGACAACGACCAGGAAGAUAAUGACUACCAGGACCAGGACGACGACGAACGCAACGCAGACUCGAUGGCCAUGGACGUCGACGUCGACGACCCCACCUCAACCCCCACCUCUGGAACCUCGCGUCCCAACCCAAACCCGCACCGUAUCCCCGGCGGAAAAGGCGGCGGGCGGAACAAGAAGCCCUUUGCGUUCCGCAAGAAACCGCUUGGCCACCUCUUGACCACCAUCAUCGGGAACUUGCGGCGAAAAGACGCCUAUGGAUUGUUCUUCGACCCGGUGAGCUUGGAAGAGUAUCCCAAUUACUUUGAGGUUAUUGGAGGGGAGGAUAAAGCUAUGGAUCUGGGGACGAUGGAGGACAAGGUCGGGAGGGGAGAGUAUAGGCAGAUGAGCGAGUUCGAGAACGACGUCGAAAAGAUGAUCACCGCCGCCCAGAAAUUCAACCCGGACGACACGCUCGUCCAUCGUGAAGCCGCCAAGGUGGCCCAGCUGGCCGAACGUCAGUUCAAUCGGUUCAGAUCGCUGGUCAAGACCCCGGAACCUAGUCCCGAACGUGAACAGUCCGGAUUGAGGACUCCAGGGGAUCGAGUGGGAGGGUCGGUCGGUCCCACGCCUUCGAACCGGAGCGUCAGUCCGACAGGGACGACGUACAAGGACAAGGACGCGUUUACGGUAGAAAAGUCGGCGGUGUCGACACUGUUACCGCGUCAGCUCGUCCCCGAGGGCAUGCUCGACUACCCACCCAACUCGGACGUAGCUCGGUGCGUCGGCUGGUACCUCUCCGGAGGAAAACGACCUCGAACGAAAAAAGAACAACGGGCCAAGGAGAAAUGGGACGGGACGUGGAGAGAGUGGAACGUCGAUGGCGAUCGAAACGUCCGCGAAGCCGACAACGUCCUAGACCUGCUCCGGGACGGCUUCACCUUCCAGACGAGUGGCCUCAAAGUCAGUCUCCCCCGUACGGUGGAUUGGCAGGACGAGCUCAUGAACGCUAGCGAGACUUGGCAACCCACCCCUACCUUAACCGGUGUGGUUGUGGACGAGCCCAUCCCCCAGAUCCCUACCCGGCCAAUCGAUCACCUCGAUAUGGGCCGAUACCAAAACCUAGCCGGUUCAUACGGUUUCCCCGAGUUCAAACGAUACGACCCCCGGAAAUUCAUCCGGGACCUGACUGUCGACUUGGAGAGCGUUUGGAGUCUUGAAGACGAAGACGAUGAGCCUAUUAGUAUACUUUCCAGGGAUACGAGUACGAGGGAUCUAUAUAGGAGGGAGAGGCCGGGGAGGAUCGUCAAGGAGAUGUGUCUCGGGGAAGAAGUCACCUCCGAGGCGUACGUCCGUAGUAUCCAGGCGUUCGUUUCAGGUGCGCGAGCGGAGGGCACAGGGGUCGAGGUAGAGGGGGCGGGUCGGAAACGAAAACGAGACGAGAUGGACGACGGCUCGUACGAGACGCUCAAGGUCGAAACCAAAAUUGAAGACGACUCCUCGCCGGCAACCUCGACACCCGCACCGUCUGCCCAUUAUGAUACCUCCGGGUUCGACCUCGGUAUGCCGCUAGAAGACUAUGUCAAUACCAAGUGGAGGGACGGCUGGUUGAACGCUGGGGUCAGGGGAACGGUUAAGCGGACUCAAGAAGUGUACCGGGAGAUCAUCAACUCCAACGCUAAAGCCGAGGCAGAGCCAGAUUCGGUCCACCGGGCCAAGAAACCUAAACUCGAACUGGAAGAGGUUCUCCAGGCGGACUCGCUCGAUGUCGAUGUCGAAGCUAUCAUCCGGGAACUGUAUUACCAAGCAGUCCGCGAGUCCAUCCACCGCGUCCCCAUCUUACUCGAGCUCGAAGAAUACUCUGCCCGUCACACCGGGCUGGACCUAGCCUGUCUCCUGGUUACCCCCAACGACUUUGCCGCUGGCGGAUCGUCCAAUCCGCCCCCGAAUACCGGCCCAGGAAGAGCGGUUUGGUACGAAAAGUCGCUCAAGUCGGUCGGGGAACAGCUCGUCGAGGCCUCUAAACGACGCGAGGGGUUGGAUGCGGAUGGGUUGAAGAGUGAGGAAGAGGAGGAGAAGAUGAGAAAGUUGAGGUUGGAUUUGCUCUCGUUGGGCAAGAACGUACCGGUCUACGAGCUCCGUCCGAUGACACAUAGCGAGCUCGCCAAGUUACCUCAAGCUGUGAGAGGUCUGAUCAAGGUCGUCGACAAGUCCUAGAAAUCCCGUCGAAGUAUACCCAGAGGCAGUGUGGUUCCUGAUGUAGAUCACGUGAUGACGAUGAUCAGGCGAUGAUGAUGUCAUUUUGCUUCCGACGCUCAA